AUGAAGAAUUUGGUUGCAGAAAUGGGAACAAUGGAAGAUAUGGCAGUGAUCUUGAAAAGGUUUGGGGAUGAACAGAGCACGUUAUUGGACCGGUACGAGAGGCUCUCAUUUGAGGUGAAAUUGAACCAGGCCAUUCUGGGGCGGAGUAUGUCGGAGCCGAGUGUUUCGCGGCAGCAAGCGGCUCAACAGGUGGUGGCGAAGCCAAUGCGACAGUGGCGGCGUGGUUUUCAAAAGGUCCUAAAGAAGUUGCUGAAACCAAUCCGUGGGAAAAAGAGUGCCAAAAAUGAUGAUAGGCCAGAUUUUAAGGACCCCAAGAUUUGGAAAACGUUCAGCAGAUCUUUGAGGGUUUGA